AUGAAAUGUGGCUAUCCUCGCUUCUUCAUUCACCCCAUCAUUCAUGAGCUUGCGAAGGAAGUUGUAAAACUUUGUGGAAAUACCGAAACAGAAGCGGCUACUUUAUUCCCGUCACCCAAGACUGCAAGCUUAUGCCGGUCAUUCAUUCUUUCGAGGAUUCCCUCCCAAGAAUCCCAAAGAAUCCGUAUUGUCAACUUCGUCCCGGCCCCUCACACAGAGUCCCGGCCACAGACGAUACGGUCACCCUUAUCGUGUGUGAUUUACCCAACAGAAUAUGCUUCCAUCGCCAAGCAAGUAUGGCAACAUAGUGGAAAUGGGAUAUCCAGUCGUCGGGGCGAAUUUUGUCUAAGCGCGCUGCGAGAUGGAUUCCUUGUGGAGGACAAGGAACCUGCACAGAUUGACCAAUCGUCGCAGAAAUUUUAUAAGGGUCCACGGCGGUAUCAGGGAAGAGCGAAUGGUAUAGUCCGGGGCGGUGCAAUUCACGCCUCAGCUCCUGACUUGUUGACGGAGAAUACUGAAACUCAGGACGGCCGUGAAUACGUCCAAUUUAUCGAGGAGCGCUUCGGCAGAAACUUGAGCGUUUCACUGGCUGAUCAAGCGAAGCAAGCUGUGCGCAGACGAAUCUCGGGCGUCCUCACUGCUGAUGUCGAUUUAAGUGAGGCUCUUGAAGAAACAUCGGGAGAGGGUAGAGUAGCAGGGCUGACAGAUUCCGAUGUUUUUCUCUUCCCAAGUGGUAUGAGUUCAAUCUUCAAUACGCACCAGAUGCUUCUGGCUGCUAAAGGUCCUAUGAAAAGCAUUUGCUUUGGAUUCCCCUACAUAGAUACCUUGAAGACGCUUGAGAAAUGGGGCCCUGGUUGCCUGUUCUACGGACAUGGUUCCUCUGAAGAUCUGGACGAUCUGGAAUCCCGACUAGAAGGUGGCGAGAGAUUUCUUGCGCUCUUCACCGAGUUUCCAGGAAACCCAUUACUCAAAUCCCCUGAUUUGAAGAGAAUUUAUGCGCUUGCACAGAAAUACGACUUUGCAGUGGUGGUGGAUGAGACAGUGGGCAACUUCUUGAACAUCAACGUGCUUCCUUAUGCAGACAUUGUUGUCAGCAGUCUGACAAAGGUCUUCAGUGGAGAUAGUAAUGUUAUGGGAGGAAGUGCUGUUAUCAACCCACAUGGGCGCUAUUAUCAGGACCUGCGAACCACUUUCAGCCGUGAGUACGAGGAUAAUCUCUGGGCAGAAGAUGCCGUUUUCUUGGAGAGGAAUAGCCGUGACUUUGUGUCUCGAAUCGAAAAGAUAAACAAUACCACGGAAGACAUUACAGCCUUGCUGAAGGAAUCCCCUGUCGUGAAAAAUGUUUACUACCCUAAGUACAACCCUUCAAGGGUUUUUUACGAGGAGUUUCGCACCCCCAACGGUGGUUACGGUGGUCUAUUCUCCGUCACCUUCCACUCUGACGCUGAAGCAAUCGCGUUUUUCGAUCAUCUCGAAGUUCUCAAAGGCCCUAGCCUUGGAACAAAUUUCACGCUCAGUUCGCCAUAUACGCUACUCGCACAUUACAAUGAGCUCGACUGGGCUGCUUCGUUUGGUGUGGAGUCUAACCUGGUGAGAAUAAGCGUGGGUUUGGAGGAUGUAUCGGAUCUCCGCGACCAAGUCCAGCGAGCCCUCGCAGCAGCCGCACAAGCGAAGGCUUAA